AUGCCCGCUCCGCUUCUCCCGAUGCUGCUCCGAUCGCUGCUGUCCCGCUUGUUGCUGCCCAUUGCCCGCCUGGCCCGCCAGCGCCUCCUGCCCCUGCUGCGCCGACUGGCCCGUCGACUGAGCUCCCAAGACCUGAGAGAGGCUUUGCUGGGCUGUCUGCUGUUAGUCCUCAGCCAGCAACAGCCACCGGAUGCUAGAGAGGCCUCCAGAGUGGACCACUCCCAGAGGAAGGAGAGAGUGGGCCCCCAGAAGUGAGGCGGUGGGUCGCGGAAGCAGCACUGUCCAUCAAAGUACUUUCUUGUG